GGAUUAAGAGGGAGAUGUGGCACCGCCCACAAACGACUCCGUUCGGGGCGGGGCUUAGAGGUAAAGGGAAGUUGUGAAGGAGCGAGGAGGGAAUCUCGCGAGAGAAUCUCGCCCGCCCUUACAGGAAGUCCCUCCUCCUAGGGCCUUUCCUCCGUCCUCUGCCCGUUCCCCCUCUUCCUCUACCCGUUCCCCCUCUUCCUCUACAGAGGUCGUGCCCCGGAAGUGAAGCAGCCAUGUUGCCCGGUGACCGCGGCAUGAAGUAGGCGGCGGCGGCGGCUGUGUGAGGCGGCGUUCCCGGCGCCGGCCCCGUCUCCACCUCCGGUGCCGGCCCGGCGCGGGCAGCUCGCUGACGGCUCGCCGAGGCGCGGCUCCGCCACCCCCCGGACCCUCAUGGCCGAGCCCGGCCGCAGCGCGGUGCUGGGUCUGUACCGGGCCCUGCUGCGCCGGGCCCACGGGCUGCGCCUUACCGACCGCGACUUCUACGUGGCGGCCGUGCGCCGAGAGUUCCGCCGCCCGCUGCCGCCCGGGGCCGGCCCGGACGCCGUGCGGAGGCAGCUGGAAAAGGGCCGGGUCUUCCUGCGCGGCGAGCGAGGCCGCCUGGUCUGAGGCCCGGCCGGCCACGAUGCGCUGAGGAGCUCCAGGGGAGCCAUGGCAGGGACUGGCGAGCGCCAGGGAAAAGGCAAGAAGGAUGACAACGGCAUCGGCACCGCCAUCGAUUUUGUGCUGUCCAACGCCCGGCUGGUGCUGGGCGUGGGCGGAGCCGCCAUGCUGGGGAUUGCCACCUUGGCUGUCAAACGGAUGUACGACCGGGCAAUCAGUGCCCCCAGCAGCCCCACCCGCCUGAGCCAUUCAGGGAAAAGAAGCUGGGAGGAGCCAAGCUGGAUGGGAUCCUCACGGUUACUGCAGCAGGACAUGAAGACCAGUUUGAGCAGGUCCCUGCAGACUCUGCCCACUGACCCCUCAGCCUUUGACGCAGAUGGGUUCUGCCCCCGUAGACCCAAACCAGCCACCAAGAAGAGCCAGGUAGACUUGAAGAAGUCACGGCUCCGCCUGUCCCUGCAGGAGAAGCUGUUUGCUUAUUAUCGGAACCGGGCAGCAAUCCCCCCUGGAGAGCAGGCCCGGGCCAAGCAGACGGCCGUGGACAUAUGUGCCGAGCUGCGGAGCUUCCUCCGAGCCAAGCUGCCUGACAUGCCGUUGCGAGACAUGUAUCUGAGUGGCAGCCUUUAUGAUGACUUGCAGGUCGUGACUGCUGACCACAUUCAGCUCAUCGUGCCUCUGGUCUUGGAGCAGAACCUGUGGUCCUGCAUCCCUGGGGAGGACACCAUCAUGAAUGUCCCCGGCUUCUUCCUGGUACGUCGUGAGAACCCAGAGUACUUCCCCCGGGGCAGCAGUUACUGGGACCGCUGUGUUGUUGGCGGUUACCUCUCGCCCAAGGCUGUGGCAGAGACAUUUGAGAAGGUUGUGGCAGGCUCCAUUAACUGGCCAGCCAUUGGGUCCCUCUUGGACUGCGUGAUCCGCCCAGCUCCACCCCCUGAGGCCUUGACGCUGGAAGUGCAGUAUGAGCAAAACCGGCGCCUCGUCAUUGACUUUCUACCUUCAGUGACCCUCGGGGACACGGUCCUUGUGGCCAGGCCCCACCGGCUGGCCCAGUAUGAUAACCUGUGGAGGCUGAGCCUGCGGCCUGCAGAGACUGCCCGCCUCCGGGCGCUAGACCAGGGCGAUGGGGGCUGUCGAGCGCUGUGCCUCAAGAUCCUCAAGGCUAUAUGCAAGUCUAGCCCAGCCUUGGGCCACCUCACUGCCAGUCAGCUUACCAAUGUCAUUCUCCACUUGGCCCAAGAGGAGACUGACUGGUCUCAGGACAUGCUUGCUGACCGCUUUCUGCAGGCGCUCAGGGCCUUGAUUGGCUACUUGGAGGCUGGAGUCCUGCCUAGUGCCCUGAACCCCAAAGUGAACCUAUUUUCAGAGCUUACCCCUGGAGAAAUAGAUGAAUUGGGGUACACCCUUUAUUGCUCAUUGUCUGAGCCAGAGGUCCUGCUGCAGACGUAAUGGAGGGGAAAGCCGUGAUGGGUGUUAGGUGAUCAGGCCUCGGAGGUGGUCAGAAACACCCUCCAGGCUCUGUGAGGCGGUCCCUCGUUGGGCUCCUUGGUGCCUCCAGUCUUGCUGGUCAUCGCCUGGGUCGCUACCUGCCAGCUAGAAUGGCCUUUUCUUGCCCUCCUCUCCUUUUUUUUCUCUCUCACCAAGCACUGUGCCCCCAGUUUUUUUCACUGUUCCUCCAGUGAGGCCAACUUCCCUAAAGUGCAUCGGGUGGGGGGGACGGGGAUGGACCAAGCUGCUAAGUUACUUGGUGACUUGUGUCCAGUUCACCCCUUCAGCUGCCCAACCUGGCCCUGCUUUUAACCUUGUGUGUGUCUUAUCGUUGCCUCUUUGUCCCUCUGGUUCCUUUCCCUGGAACACAUCAGCUUGAUCAAAAUACUGUUUGAUUAAGUGAAUGUUGAUGAAAUGCAUUCUGCAUGGCCAGGGAGUACCUGGGGUCUGUGGGGUGGGUGUUGGGGCUUGCCCAGGAGCUAUCCUCCUGGCUGCAGAGGCAGAAGGCCAGCAGGGUUGGAGGUGGACCUGCCCCUCCUAUCACCUCUCUCAUGGGAAGGGAUGGCUCUGGAAAUUGGGUUCCAGGGUCCCAGAGAGGGUGGAGCAAGUGGGCAGGAGAGGAGCCUUGAGGUACAGAUUGAGCUUGCUGCCUUGGUGGCCUGUGGUAAUGAUCUCCUCCGUUGCUGUCCAGGGCAACCUUAUCACUUCUCUGGAGUUGACCUUGACCAAGAGGGCUUCGGAAGAGGUUGGAAGGAGGGUCGUAGGCAGCUCGGGCGUCACGUCACUGGGCUGGCCACAUCUUCCUGGCCUUGCUAUCUAUAGCAUUCUAGCUGUGGCCAACGAUGUAGCGGGUGGCUGGUGGGAGGCCAGACUGCUUGCUGCUGGUGCCUUAACGGGGCACCCAGAGAACCCCUCUUGGCUUCAUGUUAGCUCUGUGUCCCUUUCUUAGCAUUUUGUCUCAGCAGGGGCCAGGCCUGCCUCUUUGAGGCUUCAGAGGCUGCCAGAACACGCAUAUGCCUUCCCUUUGUCCUGUAUACCUGUCAGAUAGCACCUGGGGGAAAAAGGAGGACCUUGGGGGGCCAGAUGAUGGGGGAAGGGGAAAAGACUCUCCCCCCCUUGCUGCCUGCUGCUACAAAUGCACUAUUUAUUGCAAUGUAAAGUCAUUCUGGGAGCGGGGGUGGGGGGGGGUGGGGAGUUUAAUACAUACUGUCCUGUCUUACUGUUUUCUGUUUCUUUUUCUGUUUAUGGUAAGGGGCUAUUGCUGGCCCUACCUCUGGCCUGUUUACCCAGUAUUUUGUAUUCCCACUGCCAAAUCGGAGUGUUUUGCUUCGCUUUCUCUACCUCCCCACUCAGUGAGAUUCUUGUGCAGCUUGGUAGCCAUCUUUACCUUGUACUUUAAUGGUAAAAUGGUCCACAUGAGACUAGGUCCUCAGUUUCCUCCUGAAUUUGUGUAUUUGUCAUGCUCUAGGAAGUGAAGUUCUAGGGGCCCCUUCUGAGAAUCCCCACCUCUUACCCUCUAUUUCCUCUUGAGGAUGGGUGCUUUUCCUUUUUGGAGGGAGGGGUUGGAGAGAUUGUGUGUCUGUAUGGCAUUCUGAUUGCUCCUGAGGGAUGGGGAGGAUGAGAACACACCUUCCUCUGGGACACUGGAGAGAUCCACCUGGUUAAGGUUUCCCUCUAGCCUGCUUCUCCAAACCAGAUGUAUAUCAUUAGCACUUCAGUAUUAAAUACAGAGCUUAAAAAGCAAAACAAACCAGUAAGACUGGGUCCCAGGGUCUCUGAUGAAGUAAAUACGUUUCUCAAGAGGA